AUUGGUUAUCCUACCAUCUUCCCAAAGUCUCUGCCCUUUGGGAACUCCGCAAAAACCUUGGCAUUUCCGGUGACCUAUAAAACCUCCAUUUCUUGCAACGUGGAACCUGCUCGCCAUUCUUAUCCUGCCGCAACUUUCUUCUUCACAUUCCCAAUUUGGUCUCCACCGCCGUCCUCCGCUGAUCUCCCUCUCCCAUUUCCGCUGCCGUCAUGGCCUCUUCUCUCGCUCUCCCUUCCACAAUUUCCCUCAAGAAGUUGCCUCUCAAUGCAUCCACCCCUUUCAGGAGCUCCAGCUCAUUUCUUGGUUUCAGAAAUGGAUCCCGAAGCUCCACUGGUGUAACCAUCUCUCGAUCUAGGGUUUUCAUGAGCGCUUCGGUUGGAUCGCAGACUUUGGUCGAUGAUUCCUUGUUCUUGGAUUACAAGCCCACCUGUGCCUUUCUGUUCCCUGGGCAGGGUGCACAAGCUGUGGGAAUGGGAAAGGAAUCUCAAAGCGUUCCUGUCGCAGCUGACUUGUUCAAGCGAGCAAAUGAUAUUUUAGGGUUUGAUCUUCUCGAUGUCUGCACUAAUGGGCCAAAGGAGAAACUAGAUUCAACUGUUAUAAGUCAGCCAGCUAUCUACGUCACUAGUCUAGCUGCAGUUGAGCUACUUCGUGCACGUGAUGGAGGCCAACAAAUAAUUGAUUCUGUUGAUGUCACUUGUGGUCUAAGCCUGGGAGAGUAUACCGCAUUAGCAUUUGCAGGGGCUUUCAGCUUUGAGGAUGGACUCAGGCUCGUCAAACUAAGGGGGGAGGCAAUGCAGGCAGCUGCUGAUGGUGCAAAAAGUGCUAUGGUCAGUAUCAUAGGGUUAGAUUCAGAGAAGGUUCAACAGCUGUGUGAUGCAGCUAAUCAAGAAGUUGAUGAAGCCGAUAAAGUUCAGAUAGCAAAUUUUCUAUGUCCAGGCAAUUAUGCUGUAUCAGGAGGUCUUAAAGGAGUAGAAGUAGUAGAAUCCAAAGCAAAGUCAUUCAAAGCUCGAAUGACGGUACGCCUAGCUGUGGCCGGUGCAUUCCACACUAGCUUCAUGGAACCUGCUGUUUCAAGAUUAGAAGCUGCACUUGCAGCAACGGAAAUCAGAACUCCCAGAAUACCAGUCAUCUCCAAUGUCGAUGCGCAGCCACAUGCAGAUCCCGACACAAUUAAGAAAAUUUUGGCACGCCAGGUGACUUCUCCUGUUCUGUGGGAAACAACAGUAAAAACUCUACUCAACAAGGGGCUGAAGAAGAGUUAUGAAUUGGGCCCUGGAAAGGUUAUAGCUGGGAUUUUCAAAAGAGUUGACAAAAGUGCAGAUAUUGAGAAUGUUGCAGCUUAAUUUAGUCUAGAUUGAAGCAAACAACUCACUCAUGGCUUGUAUCUGCUUUGCCCAUCUCCCCAUCAGUGCCAACAGCAUUAAACAGAGAUUAGUUCUAUGCUCCUUCUUAUGUGUCCAGAUGUUACAAUGAGUUCUAGAGCUUCAAGUUUCUAAAGCAAGUGCACGAGAAUCUUUAUGUAUGUUACUACGACAGUUCAUCGUAUGCAAAAUGAGUUAAAAGUUGAAUUAAACCAGUAGUUGGUUAUGUUUUCUGCUUUGAUUUAUUUAAGCAGUUUGUUAUC